UAUACUUCCGCGUAAGCGUGUGGUCGCGCCAUGUAAACAAAUCGUUCUAUUUGUUCAUGACCGUGGAAGCAACAAAUAAAAAAAGUAUGUGAUACAAAGACCGUAAAACAUAUCAGGUAACAUAGAGCGUUUGAGCAACACAAGUAUCUACAACUGGAUUAUAUUGUUGGUUGUCAAGAAAAGUGAGGAAAAAUGGCGGACGAAAACGAAGAUCAGUGGUUAUACGGAGAUUCAACGGAUGGAAAAGAGUUAUCUCCGACAAAUGUUCAAAUUGAAAAUCAACAAAAUGAUUCGAUACCUAUUAAUUCUCAAGAAGCAUCACAGAUUUUGGAAGAAAAGAAAAAUGAUAAUAUUCCAGAGAGAUUACCGGAGAUGUCAGAAAAUGCAGGUUCACCUAGAGAGGAAUGUUCAUUGAAUAAUAUGCAAGAUGAAAAUGAUCCUGAUGCUAGUAAAAAUGGUACAAGAGAGGCUUCUAGUCAAGAGGACGGAGAAGCUGCAAGUGAUUCAGAUUCCGAUGACGACGUUCAUGUAGUUAUCGGUGAUAUUAAAUCGACACCGGCAUACGGUAGUUUAAAUAUUAAAAGAGGUGGUUUACUUACGACUGCGUCAGGGGUACCAGAUAAACUGAAUAAACAACCUGGGAAAUUUAGUAUAGAUGAAUUUGAAACAAUUGGGGUUAUCAAUGGAAUGCCAGCUCACGAAUUUAAUUUAGAUCAGUUGGAAGAUAAACCAUGGAGACAACCUGGUGCGGAUAUAACAGACUAUUUUAAUUAUGGUUUCAAUGAAGAAACUUGGAGAGCUUAUUGCGAAAGACAGAAAAAAAUGAGAAGCGAGUCUGGAGUAGGUUUGAUACUAAAUGCAGGAGGAGGUGGAAGUAAUCCAGGUGGUAUGCGAGUACCGCAAGUAGCAAUUACUAAUGAUAACAGUAAAUACUCUGGUAUCAUGGGACCAAAACGAGCUGGACCACCUCCGGGAAGAAAAAUGGCUGGCACUAUAGAUGUUAUAGGAAGCUCAGGCUUAGCUUCUAGAAGGAAUCUUGAUAAAUCACCGCCUAAAGGAAACGUAAUACAAGUGAUGACAGCAGAUAGAAGAGAAUAUUCAAGAAAACCAGGUUUUCCAGAUAUGAGCGUACCACCACCGGGAGCAGGAUUACCUCCACCAUUCGAUAUGCCACCUCCUGGAUAUCCUGGAGAGCCAACUCCAUUCUACAUGCCUGAGACUGAUCCUUACUAUCAAAGUUACGAACCUACUCAGGAUAGUCAAUGGGGUAAUGACCCAACCUGGCAACCGACAAAUUUAGCCAUUCCAAUGACAGAAGGUGAAGAAGAGAAAGAUAUAGGUCCCAAAACGAUACCCACGAUGGUACCACCGAUAUCUAUUCCACCUUUGAUGCCACCUAGAGAUCAACGGGAUAUUCGAGAACGUGAGAGGGAUAGAGAUCGAGAUAGGGAACGUGAAAGAGAUUUGGACUCGAUGGGUAGGGAGAGAGAAAGGGAAAAAGAAAGGGAGCGUGAUCGUGAAAGGGAAAAAGAUUCGAUGAUCAGAGAUCGUGAUCGAGAAAGAGACUCCGUUGCACGAGACGAAGAAAGAGAUCGCGAUAGAUCACGAUCGCAAUAUCGACAUAAAGAGAGGCAUAGGCAUCGUUCAAGGUCACGAUCUCGUAGACACAAAUCGCGAUCGCGAAGUCCGAGUAGACGUAAGAAGAAAUCAAGACGCUCCGACAGGGAACGUUCUAAGGAAGAAAGCGAAUAAAUAGAUAUGUAUGUAUAUAUAUAUAUGUAUAUAUGCAUAUACAUAUAUAUACAGAUACAUAUACACAUAUACAUACACGUAUAUAUAUGCAUGAGUAUGUAUGUAUAUAAAUAUCGUUGUCCAAUUAAACAGAAAUCGACGAUCGAAGCUAAAAAGUUUCAUACUUUUAACAAAAUCUUUUUGGUGAUAAUCCAUACUCGCAACAAAUCUGUAAUUUCUUGAAACUCACCAUGAUUGCUAUCUCUCUCUCUCAUGGUUCUUAAUUAUAAGCAAAGGUAAUGAUCAAUUGUGAGCGAUAAUAAAAUAAAAUUUAUUGAUAAAAACAAAAAACCAAAAGUUUGCUCGUCCAAUGAUUAUCCCGUCACCACUUUUGUACUGCUGUAAUUAAAUUAAUCGAAGGAAAUGAAAUUAAUAGCUAUGUUAUAAGCUUUAAGGAAGUAGAAAGAUUAAAAUGACAAACACGUGCCAUUCAAUGUAUGGUUUUAUAUCAUAAUGUUAUUACAGAAAUUGUAUUUCAUAAUAAUUAAAAGUAGUAAUAGUUUAUUGGUAAAUCACUCACGCGGGUGAAUUAAUCGGAUCGAUAAUAACGCCGAUUUCUAACGUCGACCUCAUAUCGAUCGUCGCACACACGUGUGUUCUUUCUUCUCUUCUUUCUUUUUUUAAUUUCUUUAUUUUCUUUUUCUUGUUCAAUUAUAUUUCCUUUUCUUUUUUUUGCAUCAAAUCUUUUCCUUUCUUUUUUUUUUGUUUCAUUAUCUUCAUACAUAAUGGAAAAAAAUGUUACAUUUGUACAGCCAUCAUAUAUAUGAUACAUUUAGAAUACCAUUAAUCCAUUAUCAUUUUUUCCCUUAAGUGUGUGUAUUUAAGUGUCGAGUGUAUUCUUUCGUGUGUAUCUGACGUGUGAGUAUGCCUACUUAUAAAGUUAAAAAGUGCUACUUCAAGUGCUCAAAACAAAUUGUCAACAUGAUUUCGUUUCGAAAAGGGAGAAAAGGGGAGUAUCACGUUUCUUUUUUUUUCUUUUCUUUUCUUAACGCGAACGUAAAGAAAAAUAUUAGAAAAAGAUCGAACGCGUUAUAUUCACGUCAAAAAACGAUCCGAAGAUCAUAUUUUAACGAUCCAACGAAGUACAUACAAACUAUUAACACGAACGAUAUAUCAAUAAGAAGAAACUGUCGUAAUAUUCUCUCGAGAAACGUAUCGAUUAUAACAUCUAAAGAAGAAAAAAAAAAUUAGAAAGAGAGAGAGAGAAAGAAAAGAAAAAUUGUAAUAACCAUCUCCCCUUUGGAAAUAGAAAAUACGUUAGAACAUUUAACGUGUCAAUUUGUAUUGAGUUAGAGUGGCAGAGAUAACGACAAUAAAUAAAAGUUCUAAAGUAUUCUCAUAAUAUGUUUCAUGUACCUGUCGCGUUUACGAAACAAAGAAAAAGUUAAAAAAAAAAAAGAAAA